UGCGAUCAUGCGUCCUUUGAUGCGCGAAUGCGUGGGACGCGCUCUGUGGCAUCGCUUGAACUGAAGCGCUAGCCCAGUUUUGAGUUUGGUAGAUUAACCUUGUUGGGUUAAAAGAAUAGUGGAAACAACCUUAACCAUAGUUAAAACAACACUAGAAGACAAGAGAAUUUGCAGCUCACUGUUUUUCUCUCUUGCUUUCAUCACAGGGCCGCUCACUGUACCAUUCUCUCAGCUCUUUGUUCUUGCUUCUUAAUAGGAGGAAGAGAAUCUGGGCUCUCUGUACAGACAUCAUGUUUCAAGGAUGUGGUGGUUUGGUGUAAUGUGUUUUCAAGAUUUGUGGGGAUGAGUGUUCUCUUGAACAAAUAGAGAAGAGGGAGAGGGUGAAUAAAAUAAAAAUCUUCUCUUGAUGCCAUUAUAAGUGCUUGGAGAUGGGAAUCUGAUCUGGGAUAUUUUUAGUGGGAAUCUUUGGUGAUUUUAAGGCCACUUUCUUGAAAGUAAUUGGUGCUUUUUGAAUGCUGUUGCUGCCGACUGAGAGCUAGCACCGUGUACCCUUUACUGGACUAGUUGCGAUUCUUCACAUUCUAAACCUGUCUUUAUUGCUGGAAGAUGAAGCUCAAUUGUCUCAACAGUUAUCUAGGGUGGACGUGAUCUUCUUCCAAUUACAGCUCAUAGUUAGCCUGAAUACAUACUGUGUAAGUCAUGGUUUCGAGGUCUUAUUCCAACUUAUUGGAUCUCACAUCUGGUGGUUCUCCUACUUUCAGCCGUGGGGGGAAGAAGUUCCCCCGAGUCGCAACUGUAGCUGGGGUGUUAUCUGAUCUAGAUGAUGAAAACAGAAGUAACGGUGGCUCUGAUGCUCCCUCAUCCAUUUCCCAAGAGCGUAUGAUUAUUGUUGGAAAUCAACUCCCACUUCGUGCGCAUAGGAGGGAAUCAGAUGGUGAUAAAGGCUGGGACUUUAGUUGGGAUGAGGACUCUCUUCUUUUGCAACUGAAAGAUGGACUUGGAGAAGAUGUGGAGGUAAUAUAUGUCGGUUGUCUCAAAGAAGAAAUUGAUGUUAGUGAGCAAGAAGAUGUAGCUCAAACAUUGCUUGAAACUUUCAAGUGUGUCCCUGCUUUCAUUCCAUCGGAGCUCUUCAGUAAAUUCUACCAUGGUUUUUGCAAACAGCACUUGUGGCCUUUGUUUCACUAUAUGCUUCCUCUAUCUCCUGAUCUUGGUGGCAGAUUUGACCGUUCCCUAUGGCAAGCUUAUGUUUCGGUGAACAAAAUUUUCGCAGAUAAAGUAAUGGAAGUCAUCACUCCAGAUGAUGACUUUGUGUGGGUUCAUGAUUACCAUUUGAUGGUACUACCAACAUUUCUAAGAAAGAGGUUUAAUAGGGUGAAACUUGGGUUUUUCCUCCAUAGUCCUUUCCCAUCAUCAGAGAUAUAUCGGACUCUACCUGUAAGGGUUGAACUUCUACGGGCACUUUUGAACUCUGACCUGAUUGGCUUCCAUACAUUUGAUUAUGCAAGACAUUUCCUUUCUUGUUGUAGUAGAAUGUUGGGGGUAUCAUAUCAAUCUAAACGUGGUUAUAUAGGGCUUGAAUACUAUGGUCGUACUGUCAGCAUUAAAAUCCUUCCAGUUGGGAUUCAUAUGGGCCAGCUUCGCUCUGUGCUGGAUCUUCCAGAGACAGAGACCAAGGUGGCGCAAUUACGGGAUAAAUUUCAGGGUAAGACCGUUUUGCUUGGGGUUGAUGACAUGGAUAUUUUCAAAGGAAUAAGCUUGAAACUUCUGGCAUUUGAGCAAUUGCUUACUCACCACCCUGAUAAAAGAGGUAAAGUUGUUCUUGUUCAGAUUGCUAAUCCUGCCAGAGGCCGAGGGAAAGAUGUACAGGAGGUUCAGUCAGAAACUUAUGCAACUGUUGCAAGAAUUAACCAUGUCUUUGGAAAACCAGGAUAUGAGCCAGUAGUUUUGAUUGAUACCUCGCUUCACUUCUAUGAGCGCAUUGCAUACUAUGUAAUUGCAGAGUGUUGUCUUGUCACUGCAGUGAGAGAUGGAAUGAAUUUAAUACCUUACGAGUACAUUGUAUGUAGACAAGGAACUGAUAAGCUAGAUGAAACAUUAGACUUAAACCCAUCAGCACCAAAGAAGAGCAUGUUGGUGGUUUCUGAAUUUAUCGGGUGUUCUCCAUCACUUAGUGGUGCAAUUAGGGUUAACCCUUGGAACACUGAUGCUGUUGCUGAAGCUAUGGAUUCUGCUAUGAUGGUUCCUGAGGCAGAGAAACAAAUGCGGCAUGAGAAGCACUACAAGUAUGUCAGCAGCCAUGAUGUUGCUUACUGGGCCCACAGCUUUCUGCUAGAUCUGGAAAGAGCAUGUAGGGAGCACAUAAGGAGGAGAUGCUGGGGUAUUGGGUUUGGUUUAGGAUUUCGUGUUAUUGCCUUGGAUCCAAGUUUCAGGAAACUGUCGGUAGAACACAUUGUCUCUGCAUAUAGAAGGACGAAGAACCGUGCAAUUCUUUUGGAUUAUGAUGGUACAAUGACAUCCCAGAGCGCCGCUGAUAUGAGUCCAACUGCGGAGGCUAUUGGGAUCUUAAAUAAACUGUGCAGAGACCCCAAAAAUGUUGUCUUCGUUGUAAGUGGGAAGAAUAAGGAGAUCUUGACGCGAUGGUUUACUUCCUGUGAGAAUCUGGCCAUUGGGGCGGAGCAUGGAUAUUUUCUGAGGCCACAAAACAGUUCAGACUGGGAAACAUGUUUUGUUUGUCAAGAUUUUUACUGGAAACAGAUUGCAGAACCUGUAAUGCAGUUAUAUACAGAAACAACUGAUGGUUCUUUCAUAGAAACCAAAGAGAGCGCACUUGUCUGGAAUUACCAACUUGCAGAUCCAGAUUUUGGGUCUUGUCAGGCUAAGGAGCUUCAUGAUCACCUUGAAAGUGUUCUGGCAAAUGAACCUGUUUCAGUCAAGAGCGGGCAACACAUUGUAGAAGUAAAGCCUCAGGGGGUCAACAAGGGGCUGGUGGCGGAAAGACUUCUAGCAAUGAUGCGAAAGAAAGAAGUACUUCCCGAUUUCGUGCUUUGCAUAGGGGACGACCGAUCUGAUGAGGAUAUGUUUGAGGUGAUAAUGAGUGCAAAAGACGACGGUUCUCUUUCCCCAGUUGCUGAAGUGUUUGCUUGCACGGUCGGACAGAAGCCCAGCAAGGCUAAGUACUACUUGGAGGAUAUCUCUGAGAUAUUGAGAAUGUUUCAAGGCCUGGCUGAUGCUUCUGAGCAGUCUGCUAAAAGUGUUUCCUUUUCUCCACAACGCGUACUCAUCGACAAAGUAUGAAAAACAUCAUUGUAUUUUACUCCUUCCAAUGCAAAUUGGGUAUUUGUAGUAGUAUUCUUUGUGAUCUAGCACUUAGUUUUUGGUUGUGUUGGCGGUAUCCCCCAAAGAAUCCAAAACUUCUGGUUCGAUCUUCUGUUAACUCUUUGUCCCGUUGCAUAACUAGCUAAUAUGUUGUGUUCUUAACUUGCUGUUAGUUAUCAUUCCAUGUACGACCUGAA